AUGGCCCGUUCUCAGGUUGUCCUCAUGGCCGCCGUCGCCCUGGUGGUGAUGCUCGCGGGGUCCCCGCGCGCCACAGCGGCCAUCAGCUGCGACCAGGUGGACAACGUGAUGAAGCCGUGCCUGCCCUUCGCCCUUGGCGGCGCAGGCCCGUCUGCGGAGUGCUGUAGCGGCGUGAAGGCCGUCCAGAACCAGGUGCAUAGCACCGCCGACCGCCAAGCCGCAUGCGUCUGCUUCAAAGCCGCCGCUGCCGGCAUCAGCGGUCUCAAUUUGGCCAACGCCGCGGCCAUCCCCUCCAAGUGCGGCAUCACCGUCCCCUACACCAUCAGCCCCACCAUGGACUGCUCCAAGCUGAAGUGAGCGACGAUCAGAUCGUGCCGGCGCUCAGCUCAUGAAUCCACUUUGAUCUGAAGCGCGCAGCAGAGACAUCUGUCUCUACUUGAAAUAAAUACGAGUUUAUACCGAAAAUAAGGAACCCUCAUGCAUGCUGCCUUGUGUUGGUUUACUCCUUCGGAACAAACUAUGUAUGUAAGAGCUGGGCUGAGCUUGUAACCAUCUGCACACCCUGUGUUGAUGGACUAUACAAUAUAUAUAUACAUACCGCUUUUUGGUUAACUA